AUGGGUUCUUCCGCUAGUGAUCUCUCUUUUCUAACAUGUAUUUUUCACCGACCAUACAUUUUUGUGACUGGGGAUGCCAAUAUGAUCCAAGAGACUUGCAAAAGCACCAAAUAUUACGAACUUUGUCUGUCGUCUCUCAAAUCUGAUCCCACCAGCCUGAAUGCUGAUACCAAGGGAUUGGCAGUCAUCAUGGUCGGGAUUGGAAUGGCAAAUGCCACCGCCGCUUCCUCUUUCCUCUCAUCUCAGUUGCUUAGCACUACAAACGACACGAUCUUGAAGAAGGUCCUCAAGGAGUGCGUUGCCAAGUACGCCUAUGCGGGUGAUGCUCUCCAAGCUUUUGCGCAGGAUUUGAUUGCUGAGUCCAAUGACUAUGCCUACAUGCACGCUUCUGCAGCGGCGGAUUAUUUAGGACCAUAUUGCUAG